UAUAUAUAUGAAUGAGAUGUCUACGAAAAAAAUGGUAACCAAGAACCACACUAUGGAAUACGCAAGAGAGUUGAUGAAGAAUAACAAUAACAAUAAUGAUUGUAGAGGUCAUUUAGUUCUUGUACCAUGUCCCUUACAAGGCCACAUGAGCCCUAUGCUUCACUUAGCCAAACUUCUUCACUCUAGAGGCUUUUCCAUAACCAUUAUCCUUGUCUCCUCAAAUGAGCUAAACCCUUGCCAAUAUCCUGAAUUCAUGUUUCAUUACAUGGAUAACAUCAUUUCCUACAAUUCCUUUGGUGGGGAUGUUAUGCUCUACUUGCUGAUGCUUAAUAACAAGUGUACAACCCCAUUCACAGAUUCAUUGUUGACCUUGACCAAGCUUCAAUUUGGUCCCGUCACGUGUGUCGUUUACGACGCCGUGAUGUACUUUUCUGCCGCCGUUGCUGAUCAACUUCAGAUUCCCAGGAUUGUUCUGCGGACCAGUAGCGCCUCAACUUUCUUGGCUCUAUCACUUUUGACCCACAACGCUAAUGCCUUUAUCAAUCAACAACCAAAAGAGCAUGAUGAAGCAGAGGAAGCAAUAGUUGCAGAUUUUCCGAUACUAAGAGCUAAGGACAUGCCAGUUUUCGAGACAUCUGACCAAGAAGCCGCCGAAAAAGUUCUAGCAAAAAUUCACCAUGGAACAAAGACAGCCUCAGCACUCAUAUGGAACUCUCUUUAUUGCCUUGAAAAAUCCAUUUUCAACAGAGUUAAAGACAAAAUUUCAGCUCCAAUCUACCCUAUAUGCCCAAGACUCCAUUACAAUUUUAAAAAUAAUAAUAACCAAGUAAUAACAAACUCAUCAUCAUUCAAAAGCUUAAUGUACAAUGGAACUUGUAGUGAUGAUGAUGACCAAAGUUGCAUGUCGUGGCUAGACUCACAACCCUCCAACUCUGUGGUUUAUGUGAGCACAGGAACUGUAGUGAGAGUAAGCAAAAGUGAAGUAGGUGAAAUGGCUUGGGGCUUAGCCAAUAGUGAGCAACCUUUUUUAUGGGUUGUUAGGCCUGGUUUGGUGAAUGGGUCAAGUAGUAAUAGUGGGCUUGAGGUUUUACCCAAAGGGUUUUUAGAGAUUACAAAGAAAAGAGGUAAGGUUGUACAGUGGGCCCCACAACAAAAAGUUUUGGGCCACAAAGCAAUUGGAGGAUUUUGGACACAUAAUGGAUGGAACUCAACUAUUGAGAGUGUGAAUGAAGGAGUUCCCAUGAUAUGUUGGCCUAGGAUUGGGGACCAGAGAGUGAAUGCUAGGAUUGUGACCUCUGUUUGGAAAGUGGGAAUUGAGUUGGAGGAAAAUAAUUUGAAGAGGUGGAAAGUGGAGAGGGCUGUGAGGAGGUUAAUGGUGGAUGGAGAAGGAAAGGAGAUUAGGAACAGAGCUGUAAAGUUGAAGGAGAAUGUGAGACUUUCUUUGGGUCAAGGUGGUUCUUCUUCUGAGUAUCUUGACAAGUUGGUUCAAUUUAUCAAGUUGCUGCCAUAAGAAAAUUAUCAAAUCAAAGUGGAUGAGAAUAAACACAAUUCUAUUCCUGAAGCUGAUCAAUCACUGAUAUAGAUUGAUUUUUCAGUUAUAACAUUAAUUUAUCACUAGUUAUAAAUUAUAUUUACAUUUGUGUGCACUAGUUUAUGAAAUGAGUUAAGAGUGCCGCAAACGUCAAUUUUAUAUUUCUAAAGUUCAUAUAUGUAUGCGUGUUUUUCUUUUGUUAUUUAAAUUCAAUUAAGUGGUAUGAUCUUUCGACUGAUUAA